CUCACCCCAUUUGUUCUUGCACUCUCUCUUACAGACAGAACAACAGACAUUGGGAAGCUAAUUAGCUCCUACUUGGAGAACAAGAAUAAUCUGGAGGACCACACAGUGCAUCUGCUUUUCUCUGCUAACCGCUGGGAACAAGUGCCCUUGAUUAAAGAAAAGUUAAAUCAAGGCAUCACUCUAGUGGUGGACAGAUACGCCUUUUCCGGAGUGGCCUUCACAAGUGCCAAAGAGAAUUUUUCCAUGGAUUGGUGCAAACAGCCUGAUGUAGGGCUUCCAAAGCCAGAUUUGAUCGUGUUUCUUCGACUGAGUGUGUUGGAGGCAGCACAGCGAGGGGACUUUGGAAAUGAACGCUAUGAAUGCAGCGCCUUCCAGGAGAAAGUUCUACAGAAUUACCAGCAAUUGAUGAAGGACAAGACUUUAAACUGGAAGAUAGUUGAUGCUUCGAAGAGCAUUGAAGAGUUGCACAACGAAAUUAAGUCUUUCACUGAGGCGGCCAUGCAGGAGGCUCAGAAUAAGCCCAUAGGAGAACUCUGGAAAUAGCAUUGGCAGUGACUCCACCCUCUUCCUGCAGCAUGUUCUGCUCCUGAUCUGAUUGGAAGAACUGGCAUCUCAGAUCUGCACACCGACUACUUCACCUUGCAGAGCACAGUUUAGAUCGCAGAAUAUUGUUUUUAUAGACCAAAAGUACCCUGAAGAUCUUUUCUUGUAUCUUAACUCCUCCUCUGCCAUUUGGCUCUUGUAAGCCAUCUUCUGAUGUAUUUUAUAAAUGCAGACUUUCUUUGUAAAUCUUCCUGUAAUCCAGGCACAAGCCUUGUGCUGGAGCAGUGACAAAUGGUAUGAAACAAGGAAUUGUAAGGAGCUGUUGUUUAAUUAGCAGGAUGAGUUAUGAUAAUGGGACUUGAUGGGGGGUGGUAGGGUUGCAAAUCAAGAAAAGGGGUUUUCUCUUUCUACUUAGAGAACUGUUAUCUUAGAGAAUCAUGCCCAUGAGACUCCUCAUCCCAUAACUUAUUUAACAUGCCAACUUCAAAUCUUAAUUCAUGGAAGUCUUGCUAAUAAAUUACUGCCUUUUAUUGCAACAGCACCAAGGAUUUACUUAAAUAGGCUGGUUAAAGAGGGCAGUGCCACCUCCUAGGUGAUGGGUGCCAUUAAGAACUUCGGGGAGAUAUAUUGCUAUAGCCUGGGACUGAUUUGAAAGGUGAUCUGCAGACUGAAUCCAGAGCAAGCUUUAAACUGAAUUGAGUUCCCCAGCAUACCCCCGGCCCCAUGCCACACUUCGAGAGGGUUUUGUCUUUCUUGACUCUCAGCUCCUUGUUGGCCAAUGCCAGAUUCCAUGCUGCUACUUCUAGAAUAGCAUCUUCUGUGUUCUUACAUCAAGCAAGAGGCUUGACUGGAUGUAAAAUUGAAAUGUUGGCAGGAUUUUAGUUUUUGUAUCUGUAGGUUGCUUUUAAAAAAAUCUGCCAGUCAGCUCUGAUAUUUUAUGCUGCAUUUCUAUUAGCUAACUGUUGGCUUUGACACAUUAGUGCUCAACAGCUCACCUUGCUUGACAUAGUAAUAGAAAUGUAGCCGUGUUAGUCUGGUGUACUUGCUUGACAUGAGAGGUCACUACUGCUGCUCUCCCUUAUAUCUGCUGCUAAAGAGUUCCUGUCUGCCAGCUGGUAAUGAGGGUUGAAUUCCUUGGCCCAGCAGACACAAAUCUGGCCAUCAAGUUUUAAAGCUUAAAUGAGGCUAUGCUGAUGAGAUCCAACACUAUCGAAAAUGGGGAAAAUCCUGUUGUACUGGAACUAUUUCUUUUAAGUAUGAGCCUAUUGCAGACUUCUCCUUUAGAGAACUGCUGAAAAGAAUUUAAUUUAGUUUGUGGCAUUAUUGAGAGAGUAACUUACUCUUGAGUGAAGAGGGCCUUUGUGGCUGAGGUACAGGACUGGGAAGCAGAGACCUAAGUUCCCAGCCCUUCUGCAAAUUUAAUGUGACCUCAAGUGUGUUACUUUAUUGGUCUCUGCCUUUUGUUCCCUGUCUACAAACCGGGAGUGAUACUUCCUUAGCCUGGCCAGGCUAUGCUGAGGAUGAGUUUAUGGAAAGCUGGGUAGGGACUCAUACUGCGGUGAUGGGCCCAUGGCAACAGUCAUAUAUAGCACUGUUGUCCUUUUCCUAACAAAUAUGGACCAGUAAACAUCUGACACUAAUGGUAGUAAGUAUUUCAAUAUAACAGAAGGUGUGUCUGUUGUCACUUAGAAGCUGACUGUUAAAUGGCCUGGUUGCAGCAUGUGGAAGUAGAGGACACUGCAGAUGUACAGUUGUACCCCACAGCUGCGCUUGUCUAGCAGGUUCUCUUAGCUGGCUUUUAAAGGAACAAUAUCAAGUUGAAAUUUUGAUUUCACAAAGAGCAAAAAUGUCAGUAGCAGCACUGGCCUCUGCCAGUUUUUUCUGGUUGGACAGUUGUCAGAAAUGCUCUAUUCUAUAAAGGACCAAAACAAAAGGGUGGGAGUCAAAACAGUACACCAACCUAGCUGAGAGAGCCAAUUCCAUCCCUCGUUUCUAGUGGCCUGAUUCCACAUCACAACCGAUGAAAAGAUUCAGAUGCUGACCGGUAUCCUUUUUAAAGGGAAUAGCAGCUCUGCUAUUGUCAUUGGAAAGAAAAUAGUCCUCUUUAGGCUUCAAAUAUCCCCCCAGAUAGGUGGGGCACUUCACAUGUGACUAGCUUAGACACUUCCUAUUAAGUUAUCUUUGUAGGCAUGAGGACUAGCAACCUAAUUUUUCUAAAUGAAAACAUGUUAGAACAGUUUCAUAGAUGCACCCAUGGGAUCCCACUGUAGCUGGCAGUAGUCUAGCUUUGCUGCUGGUACUGCAAGUUAGCAGCCUGGCAGGUGUGCAUGUCAGAGCAGUUUAAAGGUACAUUGAUGGGUCAUUAUUUUGUCUAUACCUUGGAUGCUUUCAUCUGUCCCCUAUUAAACUAUCCGCAUUUAACA